AAAUAUCUCGCAGCGACAGUUGGGCUUCAUUUGGGCAACCUUCCAUCUUUGGUCACUCUCGAAAACCAAAUCUGCACUCACACAGUCAGCCACUAAUUACCAUUAGGAUAACACAAGAUGGGCAACGGAGCCAAAGCACAGCAGAAGCGUGACCGCAAGGGCGACGCAGGCCCCAAAGAAGCCAAGAGUCAACUGAAGGCCAAUGCCGCCGCCCAAACCAUCAAGUGCAAAACCUGCUUCCAGACCUUUCAGGGCACCACGAGCCGCAAGAUGUUGACCGAUCACGCUUCCAACAAGCACAGCAAAGACUUUGGUGACUGCUUCAAUGCCGAUGAGGGUGUUGUGAAAUAAACGGCCCGCACUCCGGUCGAACGACCGGACUCACGAGUGAACGAGAACGAUCACACACUUUCCACCAUUUAUGCGAGCAUGAGAUACCAUAAGCGAGGAGUUGAAGAAGGGGACGAGCAUUUAUGGCGAAAUGAAUGAGACUUAUUGUAUAGGCGUAGGGUGUGGAAUUCAAAACAUUGAUCUUUGACCUUUGAUUGCUCAUGGUUCUGAGAAUGCGCCAUUUGUUGUCGCUGAUUUAUCCGUGUCUUGUUUAUUAAUUGUGGC